GCCGCACUCGGCCAUGGUGUGGCUCCUUGCAGCCGUCCAUAUUCGAUCAGUAGAUGGUGUGGCGAAUGCGCCCCUGUCGUGCAUCGCACAGUGUGCGCAGACAUGCAAUUGCCCCAUCAAUUCAAAUGGCGACGUCUGCAGCAACCGCGGCAUGUGUUUGAAUGGAGCCUGUCGGUGCAAUAGCGGGUUUGGCAGCACGAAUACAUCCGUUGGGGUGUGUGAUGUCGAGUACGUUUCGCUCAACAACAGCACGUACCUGUUUGUCCUGAUCGCGUCCUGCGUGUGUGGCCUUCUCGCGUACAACGCGUCGCUCGUCUACCUCUACUACACAGAUCAUUCCCUCUUUCAAAAGUCUCGACCUGCCUUUGCGCAUGCCAUGAACGCAGGCACGAUCCUCAUCGCGGCGUCCAUUGCAGUCGCAUCGUCCAUCGUGGCGGACCCUCUCUCGUGCUCCAUCUUGUGGUGCAUCGCGGACCUCUCGUUCGUUCUAGUGUUUGGCACGAUCUUACUGCGUCUGUACCGCAACGUGUGCGUCUUGCUGUCGUCUGCGAAAGGCCCCCCGAUCAAGUUUCCCGACAAGUGGGUAUUUGCACUCCUCGGCGGACUGCUGCUGAUCGAAGCAGGAAUCUUGGCGGGGGUGUGGGCAUUUCGUGGGUUUACUAUGCACGACACACCACUCUGGCCGAAUGCGGACGGUGUGACGUGGACGAAAUUCCAAGGGUGUUUUCUCGAUUCCCAACAUGCAGCGAUUGCCCUGAUCGCUCCGAAAGGCCUGACCUUGCUCGUGAUUGUCGCGUUCGCUCUGCAACUGCGGCGUAGCAAGAAGGAAGAGCGUGAUAUGACGAAGCUCGCGUCCUGCGUCGCCAUCACCCUUGCGCUGUGGGCGAUCGGGCUCUCGCUAUACGGGACGGCGACCAAAGCCCACGGGGACAUGUUUUACCUCUGCCUCGUCUUUUUGCUCUUGCUACCGUCCGCCAUGGUCGUGGCCAUCACGACGUACCCCAAAUGGAUUGAAAUCCACCGACUGGGCGGCCACUUUACGCCGACCGUCCGCCCCAGCACGAAAAACUCGGCCGAUCUCAACCUGUACCUUCAUCACAUCGACUGGCACGACGUCGCGCAAGUCGAAGAGGCUGAGACACAGCUCACCGCAUUCGUGGCGAGCGACCCUCGCCACGGCCUCGACAUCGGUACAAUCCUCAUGCUGCUGUCGGACAAAGUCCGGCACCGCGGUAUUCGUCGCCUCGCCGUGGCGCAGCUCCAGCACGCCGACGUGGCGUCCGUCAGUCUGGUCUUUCCCCAGCUGCUCCAGGCCCUCAAGUACGACCUCGACGCGGACGUCGGGGACGUUGCAGCAUCUCCGCUCGUCCAGGCGCUGCUGCGAUAUGCCCGCGAGUCCAUCGUCGUCGCGCAUACAUUUCACUGGAGCGUGGUGGUCGAGCUCGAAAACACGGUUGCGGUCGUCGUUGACGACAUGGAGAUCAAGCACCAAGACCGGCCGACCAAGGCGCUGUAUGCCGCGCUGCACGAGCUCUUUCUCGACGCCAUGGCGACGACGGCACAUGGCCACUUGGUGGCCCAUCAAAUCGAGAUCGUGUCGUUUCUGGCCCACGUGUACGACGGAAUGGCUCGACAUCACGUGGACGCUAUGACGAUCCAGUUGCGUGAAGCGCUGACAGGUCCCGAAGCCACGUUUUCGUCGCUCCAUCCUCUGUAUCCGUCGAUUUGGGUGCGCGGGUUCGACCCGGCGCAGUCGUUUGUGUUCAAGAGCAAUGCCAAGCCGAUGAAGGUGCACCUUGUCGUGGACACAGCGGCCCAGUUGGAGCAUAUUACCGUCGACAUGCGGUCGGCGCUCGAUCGAACGGCGUCGACAAAGGCGGCGCUUGCCCACAUCAGACACACUGUCGACGUGACUGUGGCUGACGUCCGAGGCAGCAGCACCAACGCAACGAUUCGAAUCGACGUCCACGGGCAUGUGCAAACGUGUACUGUCGACGACCGAGGUGGUGUCGAGGCGCGGUUUGAGGUCGGCGAAGUGCCUCAACUAGUCGAGCUCUUGCUCGUCGACGGCCGAUGGAACGAGUACGGCACCGGUCCAAGCAGCCACAGCGGCGGCAACGACACGACCCCGUCGCGCAUGCUGGAGGUACACUUGCCUCCAUCGCUGUACUUGCCCCCGACAGAGAUGCAAAUGCCCGACUCUGACGUGUAUGCGACUGUCAGCGUCAUUGUGACGAGCCAUACAACCCAUGGCCACGAUGACGCGACGAAAGAAGGCCUUGCGCGCGCAGUCACGGAGAAGCUCCACGGGACCAUCGACGCGGUAUCGCCCGGCAUUAUCUUCAAGCAUGGCGACGACCUGCGCCAAGACGCGCUGGCGCUGCAACUGCUCGCGGUCAUCGACUCGAUCUGCACGCGUCACGGCCAGCUCCAUUUGCACUUUACGCUCUACCGCGUGCUGGCUACGUCGGUGAACGAGGGCAUUGCCGAGUUUGUGCCGCACAGCGCGCCGCUGUCCCAAGUGCUCCGGGACAACCACCACAGCAUCCUCGAGUUUUUGCAGCGCCAUCAGUUUGAUGCGGACGCGCCGAACCAGGUCAAGCCCCAUGCCAUGGACAUCUUUGUGCGCAGCGUUGCAGGGUACUGCGUCGCCACGUACGUGCUGGGGGUGGGCGAUCGCCACCUGGACAACUUGAUGCUGAAAUCGACGGGCCACUUUUUUCACAUUGAUUUUGGAUUCCUCUUUGGAAAAGACCCCAAGCCGAUGCCGCCGCCAUUCCGGCUCACUCCCGACAUGGUCCAUGCGAUGGGCGGACUCGACGGCGAAGCGUUCCAACUGUGCAUCGCGUACGCAUGCGAGUGCUUCAACUUGCUGCGGAAGCACGCGCACGUUCUCUUGGCGGUCCUCCAUCUGACGAAAGAGGCCGGGAUCCCGCACAUGCACACCAACCUGAAUCAAGAGAAGGACGUAGCCAUACACGAAGUCGAGAAGCGCCUCGUGCUGCGGGCGUCGAGUGAAAAAGCAAGGCAGUUCAUGACGCAGCUCAUGGUCGAGUCGCAGAACCCGCAGACAACGGCGCGGUUGAGCCUCCUGGAGCGAAUCCACCGCGUCGCUGUUGCUCUCAAGUAAGAAAAGGAAUCGAAACGUCUUGCACGCAGAA